AUGGCUCAGGACCCGCGGGCUCUGCUGCAGAAGGCAGACAAGACGCUGUCGAGCGCCGGCGGCGGCUUCAGCUUCUUCGGCGGCCGCGAGGAGAAGUACCAGAAUGCGGCGGAUCUGUACAUCCAGGCCGCGAACGCCUUCAAGAUGCAAAAGCUCAACCGCGAGGCCGGCCAAGCAUUCGAGAAGGCGGCUCAGGUCCAGACCAACAACCUCAAGGAGCCCGACGACGCCGCCAAUACCCUCGUCGACGCCUUCAAGGCCUACCGUAAGGAGGAUCCCGAAGCCGCCGUCCGCUGCCUCGACGUCGCCGUGAACCAGUACUGCGCCAAGGGCAACUUCCGCCGCGCGGCGGGACACAAGGAGGCGCUGGGCGAGCUAUUCGAGGUGGAGCUGGGUGAUUCCAAGAGGGCUCUCGAGGCGUACGAGGCUGCUGCGGGGUGGUACGAGGGAGACAAUGCUGCUGCGCUCGCGAACAAGCUCUGGCUCAAGGUAGCAGACGUCGCGUCCCUCGAGGGCGACUACUACAAGGGCAUUGAGAACUACGAAAAGGUCGCGGCGGCCUCCAUCAACAACAACCUGAUGAAGUACUCGGUCAAGGACUACUUCCUCCGCGCCGGCAUCUGCCACCUGGCGUCUGGCGACAUGGUCGCCGCCCGCCGCGCCGUCGAGAAGUACACCGACAUGGACCCCGGCUUCGCCCAGCAGCGUGAGGCGAUGCUCCUCAACGACCUGCUGGCGGCCGUCGAGGCGGGCAACCAGGAGGAGUUCACCGACAAGCUGUUCCAGUACGACCAGGUCAGCAAGCUCGACAAGUGGAAGACGACGAUGCUUGUCCGGGUCAAGAACACCAUCGAGGAGCCCGAGGACGAGUUUGCUUAA